AGCGAGAGCAGAAGGAAGUUCAAGGGGACCUGGGUCGCAUCCAUACCAGAACAGAUUUGUCACUGAUGCUAAUGAGUGCCGCUCUGUGGGGCGCUACUCUACUUGGAAGCUCCUCAGAUCUCAGGUUUAUGGAUCAGCAUGAUGCAAAGCCUUGAAAAGGGGGCAGGAGGUGAGCUGAUCAACUCCAAGGCUGAAUGGUUUGCAUGCAUGUCUAGAAGAGGAGACACAGGAAAGAGUGAGAGAAUUUCCCUGGGCUACUACUGAGUCAGAAAAGCUCAGCUCCCAAAGGGACUGUUUCCUGAGACCUCACACAACUGGGAACAGAGUCACAAUGCAGCAAAGGCACCUGUGCACCAAGGUUGAGCCUGGUCACUGCUCCGGGAGCCCCAGGAACUGCCAGAUUCACCCACAAGGCAUGGGAACUUCGGGGCUGCGGCUGCCUUGAGUGCCCGGGACACGCACUGGAAAAGGUCUGUGGAUGGCUCCUGGAAGAUCUUGACUUUCUCCUGAGGACACCCUGUUUUCCUGGGUCAAUUCCCUGUCAGAGCGUCUCCCCAGCUGACCAUGAGCCAGCCAGACCCCUCCUGUCACCCAGAUCCCAGCCCUGCACCCCUGUGUGUGGUCUGUGGCCAAGCCCACUCCCCCGAGGAAAACCACUUCUACACCUACACCAAAGAUGUGGACGAUGACCUCAUAUGCCACAUCUGCCUGCAAGCUUUGCUGGACCCUCUGGACACGCCCUGUGGUCACACGUACUGCACCGCGUGCCUCACCAACUUCCUGGUGGAGAAGGACUUCUGCCCCGUGGACCGCAAGCCGCUGGUGCUACAGCAUUGCAAGCGCUCCAGCAUCCUGGUCAACAAGCUCGUCAACAAGCUGCUGGUGACCUGCCCGUUCUCAGACCACUGCACCGAGGUCCUGCAGCGCUGCGACCUGGAGCAGCACUUUCAGACAAGCUGUAAAGGUGCUUCCCACUAUGGCCUGACCAAAGACAAGAAGAGGCGCUCUCAAGAUGGCUGCCCAGACGGCUGUGUGAGCCUCACGUCAACAGCGCUCUCCCCAGAAGUCUCUGAAGCUGCCACCGUCUCCUUGGUGACCAAUGAGCCUGGCUUAGACAACCCUGCCUACGUGUCCACAAUGGAGGAUGGUCAGCCAGCAGACAGCCCACUGGACUCUGGCCGGAGCAACCGAAUGAGGGCACGGCCCUUUGAGCGAUCAACUAUCAGAAGCAGGUCUUUUAAAAAAAUAAACCGAGCCUUGAGUGUUCUUCGAAGGACAAAGAGUGGGAGUGCUGUUGCCAACCAAGCAGACCAGGGCAGAGAAGAUUCUGAAGACACCACUGCCCCUGAAGUCUUUCCAAGGUUGUAUCACCUGAUUCCAGAUGGUGAAAUUACUAGCGUCAAGAUCAAUCGAGUGGAUCCUAACGAAAGCCUCUCCAUUAGACUUGUGGGAGGCAGCGAAACCCCGCUGGUCCACAUCAUUAUCCAGCACAUUUACCGUGACGGAGUGAUUGCCAGGGAUGGCCGGCUACUGCCAGGAGACAUCAUCCUAAAGGUCAACGGGAUGGACAUCAGCAACGUGCCUCACAACUAUGCGCUGCGCCUCCUGCGGCAGCCGUGCCAGGUGCUGCGUCUCACUGUGCUGCGGGAGCAGAAGUUCCAAAGCAGGAGCGGCGGACAGGCACUGGACGCCUACGGUCCCCGCGAUGACAGUUUCCACGUGAUUCUCAACAAAAGCAGCCCCGAGGAGCAGCUUGGAAUAAAACUGGUGCGCAGGGUGGAUGAGCCUGGGGUGUUCAUCUUCAACGUGUUGAACGGUGGUGUGGCAGACCGACAUGGUCAGCUGGAAGAGAAUGAUCGCGUGUUAGCCAUCAACGGACACGACCUUCGGUACGGCAGCCCAGAAAGCGCAGCUCAGCUGAUCCAGGCCAGUGAAAGGCGUGUCCACCUCGUCGUGUCCCGCCAGGUUCGGCUGCAGAGUCCUGACAUCAUUCAGGAUGCUGGCUGGAACAGCAACGGCAGCCGGUCCCCAGGGCCAGGGGACAGGAGCAGCAUUCCCAAGCCCCUCCAUCCUGUGGUCACUUGCCACGAGAAGGUGGUAAGUGUCCGAAAAGACCCCAGCGAAUCUCUCGGCAUGACCGUGGCAGGCGGGGCGUCACAUAGGGAAUGGGAUUUGCCUAUCUACGUCAUCAGUGUUGAGCCCGGGGGAGUCAUAAGCAGAGAUGGAAGAAUAAAAACAGGUGACAUUUUGUUAAAUGUGAACGGGAUCGAACUAACAGAAGUCAGUCGGAGCGAGGCGGUUGCAUUACUGAAAAGCACAUCCUCCUUGGUGGUUCUUAAAGCUUUGGAAGUCAAAGAACGUGAGCCCCAGGAACGUGAGCCCCAGGAAGCCUGCAGCAGCCCAGCAGCUCUGGACUCCAACCACAACAUGGCGCCCACCAGAGACUGGUCCCCCUCCUGGGUCAUGUGGCUGGAAUUACCACGGUACCUGUAUAACUGUAAAGAUGUUAUAUUACGAAGAAACACAGCUGGAAGUCUGGGCUUCUGCAUUGUAGGAGGUUAUGAAGAAUAUAAUGGGAACAAACCGUUUUUUAUUAAGUCCAUUGUUGAAGGAACACCAGCAUACAAUGAUGGAAGAAUUAGGUAAUAAUGACUAGUUAUUACCAAUAUUUUGUUUUAUAUAUGCAAAAGGUUGGCCCCUUAGAAAUAAUGCAUGUACUAUAAACCUUGUUCUAUUGGUAAAAAAAAAAAAUGUACACAGCAUUCAAUUUCUAAAAAUUCCUUGGUCCUGUACAUCAACUUCCUGUGCUUUUAGCAUCCCUUCUAACAGAAGCUGACUGGAGGGUUUGCACAAUUUGAGGGGGUGGGGGGGCCGGGGAGGAGAAAACCUUAAUUAGAUAUUCCUAAUUAGAAUUUUUGUAAUUAAAAUUGACAGUUGGAGCAAAAACUAGGACCACCAAAUACACCUGCACUGAUUUCGGCUAUGAAUCACAAUGUUAAUCAUGUGUUGUUUUAUGUUUUUUAGAUGUGGUGAUAUUCUUCUGGCUGUCAAUGGUAGAAGUACAUCAGGAAUGAUACAUGCUUGCUUGGCAAGGAUGCUGAAAGAACUUAAGGGAAAGAUCACUCUUACUAUUGUUUCUUGGCCUGGCACUUUUUUAUAGAAUCAAUGAUGGGUCAUAGGAAAACAGAAAACUACAGAUAAGCUAUGUUGAAACAAUGUAUCUUGUCAAUUUUUUUAUUUAAAGGAUACACUGUAAAAAUGUAAACUAAUGUCAGGAAAAAUGUGAUCUAAUGAAAGCCAAUUACACCUCAGAAAAUGUAAUUCUCAAAACAUAACUCUUAUUAAUAGUUUUUAUUCAGUGUGGAGGAUUUCUCACUACUCCACAACUUUAUUUUUCUAUUCAUUAAAAAGCUCUUAAAUGGCUGAGAUCAUUUGUUAUUCCCCCACUGAAUUCAAAUCGUACAAUUAAAAAUUUGGUAUAUGGUGAGGUCUGUAAAGGGUAUAUUAUGGGCAUUAAAAAAAAAAAAACUUACAGCCAGAGGAUUUUAAAAGUACACUGCUAAGAAAUGUUCCUUCCAUCAAAUAAAUAUUUUUCAAAUUAUAGCUGUCUUUUAGUAUGUGAUAUUAAAUUCAUUUUUAUUUAUCACUA